AUGUCAAAUAAGGUUAUCGAUAAUCUUGUUUUGAAAGUUGAGCCAUCGAAGGGCGUGAUCAAGACUGUCAAUUCUAAAGAGGUUCCAAUUAUUGGAGUGGCAAGGAAGAUAGAGCUGCAGAUUGGUGACUGGAGCGACAAGGAGGAAUUUAGGGUGAUCCCAUUGGAUGACUUCGAUUUUUUCAUCGGGUUGGGUUUCCUUGACCGUGUGAAGGCUUUUAUUUUUCCGUUUGUCGAUGUCAUAUAUUUGGAAACUGCAUUGUAUUGGAAAGCAGGCAAGGGAAGUGUAGAAGAAAUAUCGAUAAUGGCGACUGAGAAUUCACUUAAUGGCUCUCUCGAACACACGCCAACAUGGGCUGUUGCCACCGUUUCCUUCGUUUUCAUCUCUCUUUCCAUUUCCAUAGACCACGGCAUCCGCCUCCUCUCCAAGUGGUUAAAGAGACGUCGAAAAUAUGCCUUGAACGAUGCGGUGGAGAGGCUGAAAACAGAGCUGAUGAUCAUGGGAUUCCUGGCGUUUCUAUUCACAUGGAGUCAAUCUCCAGUUUCUGAUCUAUGUGUACCGCCCAAUAUUGGAGACACCAUGCUUCCCUGCAGGAAGAAAACUCAAUCCAACGUUCAGCAUCUUGACGGCAACCACGAAAGGCAACUGGCUGGUGAAGAUCAGGCUGCAUUGGCUGAUCCUUGCAGUGCUAAAGGAAAGGUUUCACUCAUUACAUGGAAGGGAAUGGAGCAGCUGCAAGCAUUAGUUUUUGUUCUAGCAGUCAUGCAGAUUGUCUACGGUUUCCUCACCAUGGCUUUUGGAAGGGCCAAGACGAGGCGGUGGAAAGCAUGGGAGGAAGAAAUCAAAACGACAGAGUAUCAAAUCUCCCAUGAUCCUGGAAGGUUCAGAUUAGCAAGACAAACAACGUUUGCAAGGCGACAUGCUUCUUCUUGUUCUGAAACAUCACUUCAACUCUGGACUAAAUGUUUCUUCAGACAGUUCUUUAAUCCAGUAGCCAAAGUUGAUUAUCUCACCUUAAGACAUAGCUUUAUCUCGGCUCACUUGGCAGGAAGGAAUAGAAAUUUCAAUUUCCAGGGCUACAUAGAACGAUCCCUAGAUGAAGAUUUCAAGACUAUAGUGGCCAUCAGUCUGCUGAUGUGGCUUUUUGUUGUUAUUUUCAUGCUUGUUGAUGUACAUGGCUGGUACGUGUUCUUCUGGAUGUCUUUUCUUCCCCUACUGGUUCAAUUUGGAUUAGGGUCUUGUUAUCAUGAGCAUACUGCAGUGGUCGUCCUAAGGGUUUUAUUACCGAUCACAGUUCAAGUGAUUUGCAGCUAUACCACACUUCCUUUAUAUGCACUCGUUACACAGAUGGGUUCAGAAAUAAAGGGAUGUUUAGUAAGCGAUUCAAUAGCCAAAAUAAUGGAGCAAUGGCUUGCCGACGUUAGAGAGAAAAGGAAGAAACAUGAGCUUCUGGCGAGCCCUACUGCUUCUGUGCCCGUGGAGUUGAGCUUCAGGGUGGCUGGUCCAUCUGAAAUAUUCCCUUCUGUCGAGCUGCCUGGCCUUACAUCUAGUGAAAGGAAGGAUUUAUCCAACGGAAGUGGAACCGAUGAAGAAAACGACGAUCAAAUAGUGGAAGUAGAAGGUAAUGAUUUGUCCACCAGCGGUGAAAUUGAUGAAAACGACGACGGAAUAGUGGAAAUAGAAGGGAAGGGUUUAUCCAACGGCGGUGAAAUCAAUGUAGAAAAUGAUGACGACGGAAUUGUGGAAGUAGAAGCAACUUCCUCUUUAGACAGUGGAAGUAGAAGAAAGUUCAUCAUUUAA